UACUAGUUGAGCCUAUAUGAGCGUACGUUGGAUACGGUGCAGUUAUAUAAGCUAAGAAAGAGCUGCUUAUAAAACCUUCUAAUAUACUGAUCGGUGGCUAGGUCAUUGGUGCUUCUGCUUUUCUUGCCUCCAACCAUGCGGUACAAGCUCAGAUAUCUUUAGAUUGAGCUAAGUGAUAUCGCUAGGCAACCCCAGCGAACUUCCAACCUAGAUCAGUCCUAGAAGUUCGUUGCUCUGAUACCGAAUCACGGAAGAAGAAGAAAAAGCCAUUUAAAGACCCAAAUAUUCAGUUAUAUCUUAUAGCAGUCAGUGGAAAAAUGAUCAUCGGUUCACGGAUUGUUUUCACUCUGUUCUUCGCUUGAAUGGAAUUCUUCUUCUGCCUAGCUUUUGGUUCUCUUUUAGGAUCGUCACGUUAUACGUUACUCUUUCGUGCCGUAGUUACUCACUGGGGAUGAAAGCCAAGAACUAAACGAUCAAGAAAGAGGCAAAUGAGAAAGAAGAAGGAGCAGGGUCUCGUGUCCACUAAGAAAGCAGACAGUCCAGUCUAGCAUCUCUAUAUCUAAUUGAGUGGAAUAAAAACACAUUAUCGAAAGAGUUCUUUCGAGAAAUUAUGAUUCAGACGAAAGUGGUCAGUUCUGUUCUAUUUGAAUCUGAGCCGCGGAAUCAGCAUCUACCCAAUCCUCAGUCGUACAAUGAAGGCUUUAAACCAAAUAAGUUAGAGGCAGCAGUGAAACAAGAAAUUACCGAGCGAGCACCAGGCUUGGGAAUAUGUUGAAAGAUGGAAAUGCAGAGAAGAGGUAAGAGGAAAUUAUACAGGCUUGCCUACAAUCCCUUUCCUUGUCAGAAAAGCAAUUUCACCCCUAACUUAAGAUGCUUACCUACCACUACUACUGGCUGGAGGCAAUGGCUUUAGGAUAUGCCCUGACCGAGCUACGUAUCUUUCCUAUGGGUGGGUGAAAAAUAAAAGUACUAGGAAGAAAUGUGCUUUUUGUGCGUGCUUUUUUUCUAGCAAAAGUGCUGCAAUAGAAUUUUUAAAAAGCUUUAUUUAAAAGAAAAAGUAUCAUUCGCAAAGCUAAACAAAGUAAAGUAGAGAAAAGGGGGUCAUCCCCUUGGCCAGACUGAGCAUCAAGCCAGCCAAGAAGUCAAAGCUGAGAAGGAGUGACUCGCAUGAGUCAACACUUACUACUCAGGUCCGGUAGAGCAAUCUCAAAUUAUCAUAUAGAAAGAAACUCUCGACGGGAGGAGUAGUUUCAAAUAGAAGUGAAGUAAACAGAUUCAAGUUAGCCCAGUGUAGAUCCUUGGAAAAGCAGUUCAAAGCAAAGGUUUUGUUAUUGAAAGCACUACUUUUACAUAUACAUAUAUAUGAAGAUGAGUUUUAUCAAAUCCUGUGGUGACUUCCCAAGCCAAGGUAAAAAUGUGAAGUAAGGAUUUCCCAUAUAUAUGAAACUAAAAUGAACCCUCCUCGGCUAAGGUUGAAUCAGAUAUAGAAGAAGCGGAAGCAGGAAGCUGAAGGAUAUCCGUAGCGAAUGAGGAAUAGGACAUGCAUGUGAGCUAGCGAAAAGGGAAUAGCACAUUCUCUAGGGUUCGUAUCAAGCGCUAGCAAAUGGAGAGGGUCAAUCGAAUCCGUAUCCUCGAGCGCUGGGUCUGUCCUCUAAUGAGGAGCUCCUUGCUUUUUUGAUCCGUGAAUCCGGAUCUGUACCUUCAUCUGAAAACUAUUCGCCGGUUGUCCGCAUUCCUCUCCUCGAGCGAAAGGUGUUCCCACGCAAUCGCUAUCGCUGUUCCUACGACGUAGUCAAUACGCAUUGGAAUAAUGGCAUCCCCUCCACCGUAGUAAAGUAAGAAGUAACGGGUCUACGCCCAGCUUCCUUGUUCGGUUCUGGUUACGGGAACGGUUGACUUUCGAAAUAAAAUACCCUUCUUCCCCGUUUUGCAAAUUCACCUAGAGCUAGCGAAGCGAGUCCGUUUCCAGCGAUGAAGAGCUUUUUUAUUUAAUGAAAUAUUGGUCUACGCCCUCCUUUGAUGCCCAGAGGAAGAAAAGCGAAGGAAAGAAUACUAUCUAUAACUAUAACUAUAAGGGAAGGGAAGGGAAGGAUAUUGAUAAAAAAUAGGAAAUGGAAGUAGAUGAGCGUCUGUCAGGUGCUUGUUGACAUUUAUAUUGGAAAAGAGCUUUCGGUUCUAUUCCUUUUUAGUUUUAAGUAAAGGCUUUUUAUCGACGAAUAAAUAAGCUCUUUCUACUUUGCCUUAAAAGCUCGUCCUAAGGAAAGCAAUUUGAACUUGCUUGAGAAGAUAGCAGAAGUUCUAGUUAUUACAGCUAAAGUGAUAGCAACUCAUGAACGAAGUGCUCGACCAUAGAUAGGGAACGAGCGGAAAAAAAGUAGCGAGUGGAGCCAUAGAAGAAAACUUUUUUCUUUAGGUCAAGGUGAUAGCAAACCAUUUUUACAAUGGCACAUAGCUGGCUUCUAUCUUCUAUCCUAUCUUAUUAUGCCGACGCCUUUCUCGG